AUGGAGACUCCUGAAGAGUUCGAGAAACGAAUGGAGGAAGAACCUCGUAAGCCAGCAGAUGAAUUUGAGAAGCACUAUGAGUUGGAAUCGCCGAAGCCAGCAGAGCUCCCAGUGACCGGGGCUGAACAAGAAGAGCGAGAGAUGGUCAGCGCUGCUGCAUAUCAUGAAGGACCAGGAGAAGAAGAAUAUCUACUUGACGAAAAGACAAUGGAGCCAUCAAUUGGUGACAGACUUGCAAGAUUCGCAGGGAAAGCUGCCAAAAUCGCUGGUGGUGCUGUGGUUGCUCCAGUGGCGUUAGCUGCCAUGGGUGCAACAGCAGCGUACGAAGCAAUAACAAAGAAGGAAGGUGAACCCCUCGUAGUGGUUGCUGAAGGUCGAAUGGUUCCAGAGAUUGAAUAUAAAAGAGACUCAGAGGAGAGGACAGCACCAGGACACCUAUCCAUUACAGAAGGAGAAUUAGAGAAGGGUAUUGAAUCUCCGAAAGCAGCAGAAGCUUCGGUCACUGCCGCUGAACGUGGAGAAUUUCCACUUAUAACGGAAACCGUGACCACUGUUUCUCGGUAUGAAAUGGAGAGUCCUGAAGACUUCGAGAAACGAAUGGAAGAAAAAGCUGGGAAAUCUUUAGAAUCUCCUGAAGACGCAUCAGCCGAAAGAGCGGAAUUGCUAGAAGAUCACCACGAAGCGCUUACUACUGUGAAGGAAUCGCAUGUCGCAUAUGAAAGUGAAGAAAGGGCUGCGCCCCUUAGCGGAGGAAAGGGAACAGAAUUGCCAGAAGAUCACCAUGAAGCGCUCACUACUGCGAAGGAAUGGGAGACCACAUACGAAAGUGAAGAAAGAUUCCAUGAUCCUUCAAUCAAAUACGUCAGAGAGUACGUAAUAGAAUCCGAGGAGUACAAGACUGAGUCUCAGGAGCAACCUCAGUCUUCUCCAAGAGAGUCUGAAGAGGCCUUGCUUGAAAAGAAAGAACUGCCAGAAGGUCACCACGAAGCCAUUGCACCUUUAGCGGAAGAUAAGGAACAGUUUGUUUUAGAAUCAGAGGAAUACGAAGCUAAGUCACCUGAGCAACCUUUGUCCUCCCCAACGAAGACCGAAGAAGUAUCAUUCCAAGAAAAGCAACUGCCCGAAGACCACCGCGAAGUGCUCGCUACUGUAAAAGACUGGGAUGCCGCCUAUGAAGUUGUAGAAGAGACUGCACCUUUAGCGGAAGAUAAGGAACAGUUUGUAAUAGAAUCAGAGGAAUACGAAGCUAAGUCACCUGAGCAACCUUUGUCCUCCCCAACGAAGACCGAAGAAGUAUCAUUCCAAGAAAAGCAACUGCCCGAAGACCACCGCGAAGUGCUCGCUACUGAAUACGAAGCUAAGUCUCCUGAACAUCCUUUGUCCUCACCGACGAAAACUGAAGAAACAUCAUUCGAAGAAAAAGAACUACCAGAACUCCAUGAAACGCUCACUACUACGAAGGACUGGGAGACCACAUACGAAAUUGGGGAAGGGUUUCAUGAUCUGUCAACGAAGGACGCUAGACAGUACAUAAUAGAAUCGAAGGAGUACGAAACUGAGUCUCAAGAACAGCCCUUGUCUUCACCAUCAGAGAUAAAAGAAGCUGCGUUUGAGGGGAAGGAGCUGUCAGAAGAUCACCAUGAAUGUCUUAGCACUGUGCAAGAACACGAACUGAGUCUCCAAGAAAGCCGAGUGAUCGGGUCAUCACCAUUAUCAGAGAAGAGGUACUAUAUCGAAGACCCAAGGCUUCAUGGGGCAGGUGAAGCUGCUGAUAUGGCAAGAGAUCAACUACCGGAAAGAAUAUCUUCGCAGAAGGAUGAAGAUAGUCAAUUGUUUGAAAGCGUCCAGCAAGACCAGACUUCUAUACAAAUGUUAGAUGAAAAAGCUCUUGAAAAUGUUGUCAAAGUGACAUUUAGGGACACUGCCGAAUUGGAUUCGCCUGAAAAGCAAUCAACCCAAGCGCCAUCAUCGUAUCCCGAUGAGCAACUUUCGAUUGCUGGUGAUGAAGAGUGGAAGGUUUAUGACAACAAGGGUGAAGUUCUUGAGGAGUUUUCCCACCAGCUGACUCAAGAGCUGAUUUUGGAAGCCGAAUGUAAUGCAAGCGUCCAGUCACUGCACUCACCAUCCAUGGUAACAAGGCAAGAUUCAUAUAAUGAUAUCAGUUUGGAGCAUGAAAUCGAUUACCAAUCAGAUCUGCAGGAAAAAUUGGAUAUUCUAGCUGGAGAGAGCCGUGAAAAGUUGACAUCUGUCCACGAGGAAGAUCAGCUGGAAGUAAUCAACGAAACUGAAUAUGAGCACGAGUCCGAAGAUGAACACGAUAUUGAAAAAACUGCAUCUCGUCUCGCAGAAGAUGCUAUUAACGCUGCUCUAGAGCCUCAUGAAGAUGCAAAAACUUUAACAUCAACUUCAGAAUCUAAUGUUUAUCACACUGCAACUGAACAAUCAAAGGAUGACCAAUAUGACACUUGCGUAACCUCUCAAGACACAUACGAUUCAGCACAAGAAUGGACUUCCCAAGAGUCAGAGUACACAACCGCAGCCAGCGGUGCAACCAGCCGAUUGAGUGAAGCAGAAGAAAGACAUGGUAGCGUCACUCCAUUGGCCAUUCUAUCACCUGUUGACUCUGAUCGUCAAUUUACGGCGAACCAGGAUUUCGACGACGUCGUUCCUAUCCGACGUUUUGGCAUCGACGAUACGGCUAGGUCAACACCAGAUGUAGCUCUUCAAGUCACAAUUGAGGAAGAGGAGGAGGAAUCUGAGGCAACCUUAGCUACCAGUCCUAGUGGAGUGCUACUUGCUCCGCAAAUGGACCCAGGCCGUCCUAUUUCACCAGUUCCACCAACUCGUCAAGUGGAAGAAGAUGAAGAAAUUUUUGUAUUCUUAGAGAAACCGGUUGAUAAAGAUGGCAUUAAAGCGUUAAGUGAUGGAAAGAAGGCGGAUGAAUCGUCUGCUGAGGCAGAAGCUUCGGGUGAAAGUCAAGGCGAAAAAACAUACACUCGUCAGUAUUCUGAUAUGUCCUCAGAAAGUCAUGCUGACACCGUGAUACAUCACGAGAAGGGAGACACCGAGACUGUUGUAGAUGCAGAAGAGAUUCGAUCCUCUUGUGAGCCAAUGUCAGGUUCUUCUGAUUCAUUAGACAAAACGUCUGCUAGGAGCAGCACUGUGGAGAAAAGAGACACCUCUUCGCAACGAUCCAGCGCUUCACCGCCAAAGGAAAGCGAAGGAGUGCUAGAUACAGAACAACCAACGGAAUCGCCAUCUUCGGAGGAUUCUCUCAAAGAAAAAGCCAGUGAUAGCGAAGAAGGAUUUGUGAUUUGUUCUUUCACAGAAGACACUCCAAUUGUGGAAGGUGAACUGGAGACAGUAGAAGAGGAACCUGAGGAUGUUGAAUCAGUCAACGGUAGCGGAAAUUCCUCCGUUGGUGCACCAUCAGAUUCGCUCGCAUUACUUGGAAAGUAUAAACACGUGUCGAGCGAUAAUGUUUCAUUGACAAGCCUGCAAGAGUUUGAACGCUUAGAACAAGUUGUAAUCAAUCGAGGGGAAGCUAGCCUUAGUGCUAGCGAAAUAGAACUAUACGCAGCCGGAAAACUACGAUCGGGUGAAGGAUCAGUCAGCUCCUUGGCUGAAUUUGAAAAACUGGAAAAAGAGCUUGCCGCAAAUAUUUCUCCACAAGAGGAUGCCGCAAUGUUACCGGAAAUCCGGGAGGAGUCCGAAGUGGAAGAUAUGAGCGUACGCGAUGAUGACGAAGAUGAUCACUCAGAAACAGAGGUAAAAACAAGACCAAUUGAUGAGGAAGAUUUGCGGGCGGCAACACCUAUUGCAUCGCCAGUAGAUUCACUAGAACGUGAACCAGUCCCACCUAGUGCUGUGCCGCUUUUGGAAACUAGCACCGAUUCUCUCGAACCAUCUUAUGAACGAAUCGAAUCACAAGCUCAACGAGACAGUGAUACAUCUUCGCUAGCAGAAUACGAGGUGAUAACCCGUUUGGGAGAAAGUGCAAGAGAUUCAUUGGAGAACAUACACCAUGAACGAGACUCUUUACUUGAGGGCGCCAGCCAAGAUAUUAUGACAAGCCAGGAUACACACGCCCUACUCAGCGGAGACACCGUUGGUACCUACCAAGAACACGACGAUGACGAUAAAGACUCGCUUGGUGGCGACAUGGACACAAUGCUCCGUGAUUAUCCGACCACACUGACCACUUUCGAGACGACAGCAAUCGGACCUGACUUCGGAACAGUGCAAACCAUCUCACGCAGAGUAGAAACACGGGUCGGUACCUACCAAGAACACGACGAUGACGAUAAAGACUCGCUUGGUGGCGACAUGGACACAAUGCUCCGUGAUUAUCCGACCACACUGACCACUUUCGAGACGACAGCAAUCGGACCUGACGGAACAGUGCAAACCAUCUCACGCAGAGUAGAAACACGGGUAUGA